CGGUGCGUCAGCUUCAAACAUGGCUUCACGAUUAGAAAUCAAUUUUAUCAGACUAUUGUCCCGCUGUGAGUCUAUAGCGUCUGAGAAACGAGGAGAAACCGAAUGGAGAUUAGAAAAGUAUGUUGGUGCCCUGGAGGAGAUGCUGGUCGCUCUGAGGAAAAGCCUGAGCAAACCAACAGCAGAAAUAAUGACUGAAUAUUCACGAAAAGUAGAUUUUCUGAAAGGACUUCUUGAGGCAGAGAAGCUGUCGUCAACAACUGAAAAGGCGUUGGCUAAUCAGUUCCUCGCUCCCGGGCGAACGCCCACAAUAGCCAACGAGAGGAUGCCGGCCUCAAAAACUGUCCACAUGCAGACGAAGGCCCGGUGCACGGGAGAGAUGAGGGACGAGCUGCUCGGCACGGGACUCUCAGGCAAAGGCACAUCGGAAACAGACUUGCGGAACAGAAGAGGUCUUCCUCUGGAUGAGCGUCAGUCUGCUGCAGAGCUGGAGGCCGUCCUGCAGCAUCACCACAACCUACAGGAGAAGCUUGCCGAGGACAUGCUCAACCUGGCCCGAAACCUGAAGAACAACACUCUGGCCGCACAGAACAUCAUCAAACAGGACAACCAGACUCUGAGCCAGUCCAUGCGUCAGGCGGACAUGAACUUCGAGAAGCUGAAGACGGAGUCGGAGCGACUGGAGCAGCACACCAAGAAGUCCGUCAACUGGUUGCUGUGGCUGAUGCUCAUCCUGGUCUCCUUCAGCUUCAUCAGCAUGAUCCUCUUCAUCAGAAUCUUCCCCAGACUGCGGUGAUGACCGGCCCGACAAUCCCGAACUCUUAGCGCUGCGUCCUCCUUCGUUUACAGAGAAGUAAACCUACAUAGGCCUCAUAGAUCCGCACAGCUCGUCUGUCUGUGUGUGUGUGUGUGUGAUGCAGAUCAGUAGUGGUCAGAACCAAAACAUUUGCACUUUUGAAACAGAAAUUCUUCCUCUAAACAAGCUGAUGGAAGUUAAAAAUGUGGUUUCAAGCAUCGGUAUACCUUUUUUUUUUUUUUUUUUAAACAGAACAUGAAUCGAGGUGAAGAGCUUCUUGUUGGAGGUUUUUUUUUUUUUUUUUUUUUGCAACAUCAACAUAAGUCUUAAUAGCCAGACAGCAGAGGCUGAGCCUUAGCGGUUUAAAUCCGUCAUCAGGUCGGCUGCUAGCCACUCAAUACAUGCGUGUACUUUCUCACUUAGUGCGACCUAAAUAAUCUUUCAUAGAACAGUUUAUUCGCCAUGCAUACAUCUUAAAGAGUUCACAAACCGUCCCACAUCUGCUGUGUAUUAGCCACGGCUUCAACACUAUAUCUGAACACUAUAAUUGAAUAUGAAAACGUGGACUUAUAAACAGCUGUUGGUGUGCUAAAACUUGACUUUAACUGAAUUUGGCAUUUAUAAGCACAAUAUAUACAUUUAAUAAAUGGUUUAUAACACUAUACUGUUGCUAUGAGGACAUUGUCUUUGUCAACAAUUCUAACUUCCAUGAAGACAUAUUAUUAUUAUUAUAUUUAUAUUUACUAUAUUAUCAUUCAUUAUCUGUUUAUAGUGCACUUUAGUGUUAUGAACCAUUCAUUACAUGUUUAUAUAGUGCUUAUGAAUGCUAAAUAAGGGGGUUAAAGUGUUUUACUCAAAUGUAAUAUUAAUACAAAUUGUAAAACAGAUUCCAAGCAUCAGUUAAAUUUUUUUUUAUCUUCUACAUUAUGUUUUGGAGACAUUCAUUUCGUCGAGGUUUAGAGCGUCGUGCCGUUAGAUAUUAGUUCACCACUCCUCAUUAUGUCCGAUUUCCUCAGUGAUGUUUGUUGUUUAUGAAUCUGUAUGUGUUGGUGGUUUAUUCCAUAAAUGUCCAUCAGGUGAUGAUGUGUGUUAUGUUGGUGAUGACUGCUGAUGUUGAUGAAGUAAGAUUUUGUUCUCAUUAAAAUGACUGUAACUG